GGCAAACUCACCCUCCGUUUUCCCUCUCCUGAAGUGGGAGGAGAGGAGCCAGGUAGACCAGCCACCUUUAAUUUUCUUUGCCUGCAAAACGGGUUCCUUGGACACAGGCAACACGGGGCAGAGGCUGCCAGGUGUCUAGACUUCAGAUCACCUGAUGUGCCUGGCAGGAUGUGGCUCAGCCUGGGAGAAAUCAUCCCUUGCGCUGCCCCGCCCUGCCCCUCCUUACCCCUAGGCCACCCGCCUGACGACAUCCUUGGGAAAGGCCCUCAGCCUACAGCACCUGUCAGCUGCUGUCUGAAGGAGGUAGUUGGCAGGGGGAAGUGAUAGGGAGGAGGCUCAAUAAAACUGAAGGCAGAGAGGAAUAAUCAUACUUCUGUUUUCCAUGCACUUCUGUAUACGAAGUGCUGCUGGCACGUUACCUACAUUAACUCAGUUAAUUCUCAUGUCUAUCCUCUGAGACAGUAAUAUCCCCAUUUUAUAGACAAGGAAAAUAGAGCUCAGACAAGUUAAGUUGCUUGCCCAGGGUCACCUAGUAAAACCUGGACUCCAACCCAGAUGAUCUGAGUCCAGAGCUCUCCUGCUUAACCACCAAGACACAGCCUUUCACUCAGCUCUGUUCUGUCUGCCUUGCGCAUGGACUCCCUGAUCAAUUGCUUGAGUAGGUGUCCGUAGCCAUGCUCUUUAAACUUGCACAUGGCCCAUUUAAGGGUGAGGAAACUGAGACCUAGAGAUAUUAAGUGGUUUUUUAAAGCUUACGUAGUAACUGGCAGAGCUAGGACCACAACCCGGGUGUUUUUUGCCCCAAAGUCCAGGGUAAUUUUACUUGGUCGAGCAGGGUUACCCUACUUGGGGAUCUGGGUAGGGGGAUUCAGGAGGCUGGAGGAACUGUCCGACUGUUCCUUCUUCUGAUAAUUGACCGCCUGGCCAUGGCUAGGAUUAGGAAACUGCUGGACUCUGGCAAUUCACAUGUAUUUGAGGGGCAUUCACACCCAUGAGGGACACCUCUGGGGGGAAAACAAAUUGAUUUUAGCUGAAAAUACCUGGUGGCAAACAGGACCCUGGUCCUUGCUCUUGCAGUAAAUUUGCCUUUGUUGACAUUAGCUUGCCCUUCAGUUGCCUGCUCUGCCAGUGACCUUGGGGUGCCAGGCUGGUUGCGCUCUGCUGGUGGGGGUCAGGCCUCCUGUGGGAAGGACGCAGGAAGACCAGCUGGAAGGAGCGAGAGAGACCCUCUGGCGCCAUGUCAGAACAGGCUGGCAGUGUCCGUCCGAACCCAUGCGGCAGCAAGGCCUGCCGCCGCCUCUUCGGCCCAGUGGACAGCGAGCAGCUGAGCCGCGACUGUGAUGCGCUAAUGGCGGGCUGUAUCCAGGAGGCCCGUGAGCGAUGGAACUUCGACUUUGUCACCGAGACACCACUGGAGGGUGACUUCGCCUGGGAGCGUGUGCGGGGCCUUGGCCUGCCCAAGCUCUACCUUCCCACAGGGCCCCGGCGGGGCCGGGAUGAGUUGGGAGGAGGCAGGCGGCCUGGCACCUCACCUGCUCUGCUGCAGGGCACAGCAGAGGAAGACCAUGUGGACCUGUCGCUAUCUUGUACCCUUGUGCCUCGCUCAGGGGAGCAGCCUGAAGAGUCCCCAGGUGGACCUGGAGACUCUCAGGGUCGAAAACGGCGGCAGACCAGCAUGACAGAUUUCUACCACUCCAAACGCCGGCUGAUCUUCUCCAAGAGGAAGCCCUAAUCAGCCCACAGGAGGCCUGCAGUCCUGGAAGCGCGAGGACCUCAAAGGCCCUCUCUACAUCUUCUGCCUUAGUCUUUAAGUUUGUGUGUAUUAAUUAUUAUUUGUGUUUUAAUUUAAACACCUCCUCAUGUACAUACCCUGGCUGCCCCCUGCCCCCCAGCCUCUGGCCUUAGAAUUAUUUAAACAAAAACUAAGCAGUUGAAUGAGAGGUUCCUAAGAGUGCUGGGCAUUUUUAUUUUAUGAAAUACUAUUUAAAGCCUCCUUAUCCCAUAUUCUCCAUUUCCUCUCUCCUGGAGGUCGGGUGGGCCGGCUUCAUGCCAGCUACUUCCUCCUCCCCACUCGUCCGCUGGGUGGUACCCUCUGGAGGGGUGUGGCUCCCUCCCCUCGUUGUCACAGGGGGUUAUGAAAUUCACCUCCUUUCCUGGACACUCAGAACGAAUUCUUUUUAAUUUGAGAAGUAAACAGAUGGCACUUUGAAGGGGCCUCACUGAGUGGGGGCAUCAUCAAAAACUUUGGACUCCCCUCACCUCCUCUAAGGUUGGGCAGGGUGACCCUGAAGUGAGCACAGCCUAGGGCUGAGCUGGGGACUUGGUACCCUCCUGGCUCUUGAUACCCCCCUCUGUCUUUUGAAGGCAAGGGGAAGGUGGGGUCCUGGAGCAGACCACCCCACCUGCCCUCAUGGCCCCUCUGACCUGCACUUGGGAGCCCGUCUCAGUGUUGGACCUUUUCCCUCUUUGGCUCCCCCUGUAACUUUUGAGGAGCCCCAGCUACCCUUCUUCUCCAGCUGGACUCUGCAGUUCCCCUCUGCUGCUGUCCCUCCCUCUUGCCCUUUUCCUCCAGUACCCUCUCAGCUCCAGGUGGCUCUGAGGUGCCCGUCCCACCCCCAUCCCCAGCUCAAUGGACUGGAAGGGGAAGGGACACACAAGAAGGGCACCCUAGUUCUACCUCAGGCAGCUCAAGCAGCGACUCCGCUCCUCUUUUAGCUCUGGGGUGAGGGUCCCAUGUGGUGGCACAGGCCCCCUUGAGUGGGGUUAUCUCUGUGUUAGGGGUGUAUGCCAUCAUACACCCCAUGGGAGUAGAUCGUUCUAGGAGGGAGACACUGGCCCCUCAAAUCGUCCAGCGACCUUCCUCAUCCACCCCAUCCCUCCCCAGUUCAUUGCACUUUGAUUAGCAGCUGAACAAGGAGUCAGACAUUUUAAGAUGGUGGCAGUAGAGGCUGUAGACAGGGCAUGUCACGUGGGCUCCCAUGGGGCUGGGAGUGGUUGUCUUUCCUGGCACUAACGUUGAGCCCCUGGAGGCACUGAAGUGCUUAGUGCACUUGGGGUGUUGGGGUCUGACCCCAAACACCUUCCAGCUCCUGUAUCAUACUGGCCUGGACUGUUUUCUCUCAAUUCCCCAUGUGUCCUGGUUCCCCUGUCUCUCCACCUAGACUGUAAACCUCUCGAGGGCAGGGACCACACCCUGUACUGUUCUGUGUCUUUCACAGCUCCUCCCACAGUGCUGAAUAUACAGCAGGUGCUCAAUAAAUGAUUCUUAGUGACUUUACUUGUAA